AUGGCUUCAGAUUUGACGGCUCGCCAGGCGAGUCCAACCACGGCUUCGACAUCCGAGACAACUCAUACAACUUCAUCAGUGCCCGGCAUUGUUACCUCAAAAUACGGGAUUCUAAUACCUGCAGUUGUUGGUGGCGUUCUUCUCCUGGUCUCGGCAACUUUGGUCUUCAUCGGCCUUCGAAUUCUCUUGAGGGAACGGAGAAAAGAAGCCACAGAAUCAGAGCCAAAUUUACAAAGGCCUCCAAGCAAUUCUUCCAGGGCACUGAGCGUCAUAUCGCUUUGGGGCGACAAGCCGACUGAUCAAGAUCCAAACAGGUCGCAGAAGACCAGUUCCCCUGGGGAAUCCCAAGUCUAG